AUGGAUGACAUCUACAAGGCAGCGGUGGAGCAGCUGACAGAGGAGCAGAAAAACGAGUUCAAAGCUGCCUUUGACAUCUUUGUGCUGGGCGCGGAAGAUGGCUGCAUCAGUACCAAGGAGCUGGGGAAGGUGAUGCGGAUGCUGGGGCAGAACCCCACCCCCGAGGAGCUCCAGGAGAUGAUCGACGAGGUGGACGAGGACGGCAGUGGCACUGUGGACUUUGAUGAGUUCCUGGUCAUGAUGGUUCGGUGCAUGAAGGAUGACAGCAAAGGGAAGUCUGAGGAGGAGCUGUCCGAUCUGUUUCGCAUGUUUGAUAAGAAUGCAGAUGGCUACAUCGACCUAGAAGAGCUGAAGAUGAUGCUGCAAGCUACAGGCGAGACCAUCACUGAGGAUGACAUAGAGGAGCUGAUGAAGGAUGGGGACAAGAACAAUGAUGGCAGGAUUGAUUAUGAUGAGUUUCUGGAAUUCAUGAAAGGUGUGGAGUAAGCACUGCAGCUUGGAUGGAGCCAGAUGGCCUUCCUCCUCAUCCUUUCCUCACCCAGCCCCCAGCCCAAACCCUACUCGCUUCCUGCAGGCCAACGGAGGGGUGGCCAGGGUGGGUCGGGGGCACGGACUGGGCAGCACGGCAACUCCUCUGCAGUUAAUGUCCGAGGAGCACCUACCCAGUUCAGGGGACCUGCCAUUCUGUCCCCGUCUGAGGUGUAGGCGGGCCCUCGCUGGAAAGCGUUGGAGGAAAGGACAACUCAACAGAUCCAAGAAACUUCUCUGCUCUCCAGCUCUGCGACCUGAGCCUGAUAAGGGCAGAGCCCUCAAUCUCCGAUCCCCUCUUCCUGACCCUCUGAGUCUGACUCCCUAAGGAGAACAGUCCCCAGACCCUCACACUAUGGUUGGCAAUUUUAGUCCUGUCAGAACACUAAGCAACCCCUUCUCCCUGCCUAACCUGCUCUCUCUCCCCCUCCUCUGCCCUCCUGCCACACCCCACAUAGGAGCCCGGGUUAGAGGAAUAGGAUCCCUUGGGAAAGGCAAAUAAAAUGGUUUGCAAGAG